CAAAUGUCGCGGUAGUCGCUUAGUCGCGGUUUCCCGUUAUCAGCUUCUUCGAAAUUUCUGAUAAUUUUAAUUUAUAAAUAUUUUUCAUUAUUCUAUUUCAUCGUGCUUUUAUUUUUCAAAAAAUUUUCAUUUCGGGAAACGAAUUACUUCACUUUGGUUUCUUAUUGUAAAAUGUGUGGUGCGAUCUUGAGACUUGAAUUUGCACGUUUUCGUAUUUUUUUCAUAUAAUCUUCAAUUUGCACGAAUAUUCGUGGAUUUUACCAUAAUGACGUCUCCGCUAGCUCUAUCUAAAACUCCUAGAAAUGUUUCCGAUUGUCUAGUGAAACCAAAAUUCUGGGACGAUAACAUGAAAAUGGACGCUUGGUUUGCUCCAUUUCGUAGUCGUGAUUUGAAUCCGUUGAAUUACGAUAAUAAAAUGGUGUUCUGGAAAGAUAACAUCAGUUAUUUCUGUACUCAAACAAAGCAGUGUUAUUUCAACUUGAAUCAUUUGAAGCAUUUUUUUACGAGGAAUGAAAAAACUCCUUCUUGCUUGGCGAUAGUUUUGGAGGAUAUGAUUAGGGAAGGUGCUAUUCAAGAUUUAUCCAGUUUUGAACAAAGUUCGUCAAACAAUACGUGGGUAGGCUGGGCUGUAAAUAAGUUGAUCAGUAGUCCAUUCAAAUGGUCAUUAAAAAAAGCAGCGGAGGUCGUUAGUUCUCCUACCGUCGAAAUCGACGAUAGUGUUGAAUAUAUUCACAUGGCCGCACUCAAAGAACAAUCUGAAAAUCUGUACAAAGUAGUCGAUGGAGCGAAAGAUAUUUUUACAUACGACACAAUCAGAGAGUUAUUUUGUAAAAAAUUGAACGUCAACGUAGAUAUGAAAACUAUCAAAUUGUUAAUUCAUGGGCUGCAGUUAUGUGGCAAAGCUGAAGUUUAUUUCGAAAAUAAGCACUGUCACGUGCAUCUCAUCAAAUUCAGAUCCGAUAAUCACACCGGACCUCUGAUAAGCGAAGCGGAUAUAUCAAUCUACAUUUUGCAAAGAAAAGAACAAUCGUUAAUUGAUCAAUUACGGACUGCUGAAACUGAAAAAGAAAAUUUACAAAUCGAAGUGAAGAACUACCUGAGGCAGAAGAUGAGAAACACGGCGAAAAAUACGUUGCGUAAGCAGAAAGACCUGGAGAAACGAAUCAAUAAACUGACUAAUGUGCUAGAAAAUAUUCAAAGUUUAUUGUACAAGGUUCAAGAUACCGAAGCUGAUUCUCAAAUUUUAGAAUCGUAUAAAGUUGGUGCUAAUGCCUUGAAGACAAGAAUAAAUAAAGCUGGCUUGAAUCUGGAUAAUGUUGAUCAUACCAUGGACGAAAUCGAAAAAGUGUUAGAUUUGCAUAACGAUAUUCAAGAAACUUUGGGUCAAGUUGUGAUACCUCAAAACGAAAUGGAAUUGGAAAACGAACUAGCAGAAUUAUUGCUGGACGAUGUGCCAUCGAUUCCACACGAACCGCCAUCGCCGGGUCGAAGAACACAAGAAAACAAAGUCGAUUUGGACGGUUUACCCGAAGUGCCCUCAAAGCUUCCGAAUUCGGUUGGAGUCGGAUCGGACACCGUGAGAAUUUGAAUAAAUGUUUUGCUACGAGUAUUUCUCAUCAUUUUUUAUGGUCUUGAUUAAUUUGUACUUACUUCUUUAUGAUUAAUAAAACGUUGAUUCGCA